AUGAAGCGCCACGACCCCAACCCCAUGUUCUACCGUGAACAAACACUAGCAAACCUUCGUGUUCUCUUUGGAAGCACGGUCGAGAUCUUAACCUGCGCUGGGAUUUCUAGCUGCGUAAUCGCAUUUGCAUACGAGACGCGACUUAAUGGAAAGCGUUUAAAGAUUAUGCAGACAUUCGGUGAUGAUGUGGAAAAGGCACUGAAGGCGUUACAUGACAUGACAUGUAAGCGUCUUGCGGAGGCUUUCGCUGAUUGUAAUUUUAUAAUACAAUGCCCAUCGGAGUGUACGGAUUCAGAGCUUCUAGAGGAAGGCGUCUCAAUUUAUAUGCCUCUUCCAGAGGAAGCGCUCGAGGCUCUUGAAACAUAG